UAAAAAAGGAAACGAUGUCGUAUUAUCUUUUACUCACACCGAGACUGGCAGUUGGGACCUUUCGGAGAUUCCGCCGUGAAAUAUGUUUGGAAAUAUCCAGCCAAAAUUGUUAAUCCUGUAGCAGAAGUGUUAAAGGAAGAACAGCCCAAGAGGAUUUGAUUUGAUCUUGUAACGAAACACGGGAUCGUAUCUCUUAUUAUUCAUUUCUCGUCGCCCGGAUAAGAACAGAUGUUCCCCACAGAGAUUCCAAAUUCGAAUGGAGGUCCAAGAAUCUGUCCAUAAAAGGAGCUGUUAAAAGGUAGCUUUAAUGGAAACCAUUGAUGAAAGACGGGUUCCUGCUAGGGUUGAGGGAAAAUAUGCUGCAAUUGCAGUUUGUUGGCUCCUUGGAAACGGGUGCCUAUUUCCAUGGAACAGUAUGUUGACAAUAGAAGAUUACUACGGUGACUUGUUCCCGAAAUACCACCCCUCAAGGAUCCUCACACUUGUGUAUCAGCCAUUUGCUCUUGGAACACUUGCAAUACUUGCAUAUCACGAGGCAAAAAUUAAUACAAGAAAGCGUAACCUAUAUGGAUAUGCUUUAUUCUUCAUAAGUUCUCUUUUGGUUUUAGUUUUGGAUUUAGCUACGUCUGGCAAAGGUGGCCUUGGAACUUUUAUUGGAAUUUGUGCCAUUAGUGGCGCUUUUGGAGUUGCAGAUGCUCAUGUUCAGGGUGGAAUGGUUGGAGAUCUCUCUUAUAUGCAGCCUGAAUUUGUUCAAUCUUUCUUUGCUGGUUUGGCUGCAUCAGGUGCUCUGACCUCUGCUUUGAGGUUAAUUACAAAAGCAGCAUUUGAGAAUUCUAAGGAUGGACUUCGUAAGGGAGCCAUUCUGUUCUUUGCAAUAUCUAUGUUUUUCAAGCUUCUUUGUGUUCUUCUCUAUGCGCAUGCCUUCCCAAAACUAGCAAUAGUGAAGUACUACCGCUCAAAGGCAGCCACAGAAGGAUCAAAGACUGUAUCAGCUGACCUUGCUGCUGGUGGCAUACAAACAUUGCCCCAGCAAGAGGCAGAGGAAGAUUCAAAGCAUCUGGAGCGCUUGAGCAACAAAGAGUUAUUAUAUCAGAACAUUGACUAUGCACUUGAUCUAUUUCUGAUAUACUCCCUGACACUGUCUAUAUUUCCGGGAUUUUUAUCCGAAGAUACAGGAUCACACAGUCUGGGUACAUGGUAUGCUCUUGUUCUGAUAGCAAUGUAUAAUGUAUGCGAUCUUAUUGGGAGAUAUAUUCCACUCCUGAAAUUCUUGAAGUUGGAGUCGCGAACAGGUCUUAUGAUGGCUAUUCUAUCCUGCUGCUUAUUCAUACCGGCAUUUUUUUUCACUGCCAAGUAUGGGGAUCAAGGCUGGAUGAUAUUGCUAACAUCCUUCUUAGGAUUAACUAAUGGUUACCUCACUGUCUGCGUCGUCACUACUGCACCGAAGGGUUACAAGGGACCAGAGCAAAACGCAUUGGGGGAUUUGCUUGUUUUGUUUCUCAUCGGGGGCAUUUUUGCUGGAGUCACACUUGACUGGCUGUGGCUUAUUGGCAAAGGAUGGUGAACUUUUAUUUUGCCUGAACCUGAGCCGACUGACUUUUCAGUAAAAUAUAUUUUAUAUUCAGAAAAUGAAGAUUUAAUUCUUAUUCCAGUACUCUUCAAUGGCAUCAUGAUUUCAAAAUUAUAGAGAUCCACCCCACGUGUGUUUUUCUAUUUUCUGAAGCAGUUAUAACAGUUUCAGUAAGUUUGAUUUAACGCCAAAAAAAUACUGAAAGGACAACAAUUUAUAAAAAAAAAAAAAAAA